CCGGGAUUGCCUCCUUCCGGAGCGUCCAGGCUCCCGUCAUGCCCCGCGCUCAGCUGAAUGGGGCAGUCGCAAAAUGGCGGCGAACGCGAACUCUGGAGGCGGUGGCGGGAGUCUUCCUCUGUUCGAGUGUCCGAGCUGGGCCGGAAAGCCUCCCCCAGGGUUGCACCUGGAUGUAGUCAAAGGAGACAAACUCAUUGAGAAACUGAUUAUUGAUGAGAAAAAAUACUAUCUUUUUGGGAGAAAUCCUGACCUUUGUGAUUUUACCAUUGAUCACCAGUCAUGCUCUCGGGUCCAUGCUGCCUUGGUCUACCAUAAACAUCUGAAGAGAGUUUUCCUAAUAGAUCUCAACAGCACACAUGGCACAUUUUUGGGUCACAUUCGUUUGGAGCCUCACAAACCUCAACAGAUUCCCAUUGACUCUACGGUUUCAUUUGGUGCCUCCACACGGGCUUACACUUUGAGAGAAAAACCUCAAACAUUGCCCUCUGCAGUAAAAGGAGAUGACAAAAUGACCAAUGAAGAUGAUGAGCUCAAGGGGUUGCUUGGCUUACCAGAAGAGGAAACGGAGUUAGAUAAUCUGACUGAAUUUAACACAGCCCACAACAAGAGAAUCUCUACACUAACUAUAGAAGAAGGAAAUUUGGAUAUCCAAAGACCAAAACGGAAACGGAAGAACUCAAGAGUAACAUUCACUGAUGAUGAUGAAAUUAUCAAUCCAGAGGAUGUGGACCCAUCUGUUGGACGUUUUAGAAACAUGGUACAGACUGCAGUUGUCCCGGUGAAGAAAAAGCGUAUAGACCAUGCUGGGUCCCUGAAUGCAGAUGAAGCUGCAACACGGCGCAUGCAGAACUUUCCUUAUAGCGGAGGAUUGUAUGGUGGCCUACCUCCAACUCAUAGCGAGACAGGUUCUCAGUCCCAUAGCAUCCAUGGCACAGCACUCGUUGGAGGGCUACCGAUGCCUUAUCCUAACCUUGCCCCAGAUGUGGACUUAACUCCUGUUGCACCCUCAACAGUCACCAUGAACCCAGCUCCAAACCCAGCUGUGUUUAAUCCUGAAGUUGUGAACGAGCCGAAGAAGAAGAAGUAUGCAAAAGAAGCUUGGCCAGGCAAGAAGCCCACCCCUUCUCUCUUGAUCUGAGAAGCUUGGUCUCUCCUGGUGGGUGGGAUAGGACCAAUCAGCUGUUCAAAGAGAAGAAAAUUGCAAAUCUAUUGGCAGCUUUCAGACUUGGAUCGUGUGUAUGUCAUACACAACCAGAUUACAGGGCUGAAC